AUGUUGCAUACGUUUCUAUAUCGUCAGAAAUUUCAAUUUAGUCACAAAUUCAAUAGUACUAAUACAACGCUUUCUAUCAAAAAUACAUCUACUCCUACCUUCUACUCAAAUAUAGCUGUACUUGUUGAAUUUCGUGCAGUUGAUCAUAUAGUUGCCAUUGUUCAUAAUGUUGAUCAUCAUAUUCCAUCAUCAUGGCCUAUUCAAAUUUUUCAUGGAAAAGAAAAUCAAAAUUUUAUUAAAAAUUCAACUCUAGCACCAUUAAUUGCAUCAGGAAAAAUAUUUCUUACGCUAAUGGAAGAAGUUUAUGAUCGUAGUCGAACGAAUCAACUACUAACCGAUCCAAAAUUUUGGCAACUCGUCUGCGGUGAAAAAAUUCUCCUAUUCCAAAUCGACUCAGCUAUGUGUUCGAAUUCGCCACAUAAAAUUACUGAUUUUCUUCAAUAUGAUUAUGUUGGUGCUCCAUGGGAUACCUCUUGGUUUGCCUAUAAUAAAGCAUAUCUUGUUGGUAACGGUGGCUUUUCAUUGCGAAGUCGCAGUAAAAUACUUGCCUUACUUGCACUGGCUAAAUAUGAUUUUAAAAUACCAGAAGAUGUUUGGUAUGCACAGAAUUUACAUCGUGUAAAUGGAUCCGUUGCACCAGUACAUGUAGCAAAAACAUUUUCUGUUGAAUCAAUGUAUUAUGAAAGACCAUUAGGUGUGCAUCGAUUUCCUUUGCGUUGUUCUGUGCAAGCAAAACUAUUUGCAAUAUGUCCAGAAGCAAAAAUGAUAAUGCCGGAAAAAUGCUCUUGA